UCUCGCGAGAAGGGCGGCGGCGGGGCCCCGCAGAGCGGCGGAGCCGGCGGAGCGAGCGGCCGGGCGGGCGCAUGGAGGGCUCGAGUGGGCCCUCGGAGGAGCGGGCGCCGCUGCUGGGCGCGCGGCGGGCGGCGUUCGCGGGUCGGCGCCUGGCGUGCGCCGCGGUGCUGCUGACGGAGCUGCUGGAGCGCGCCGCCUUCUACGGCGUCACCGCCAACCUGGUGCUGUUCCUGAACGGCGCGCCGUUCAGCUGGGAGGGCGCGCAGGCCAGCCAGGCGCUGCUGCUCUUCAUGGGCCUCACCUACUUGGUGUCGCCGUUCGGCGGCUGGCUGGCCGACGCGCUGCUCGGCCGGGCGCGCGCCAUCCUGCUCAGCCUGGCGCUCUACCUGCUCGGCAUGCUGGCCUUCCCGCUGCUGGCCGCGCCCGCCACGCGCGCCGCGCUCUGCGGGGCCCCGCGCCCCACCAGCAUCAGCAACUGCUCGGCGCCGCCCUGCCCGGACGAGCCGGCCCGCUACUGCGCGCCCGCCACGCUGAGUGCGCUGGCGAUCGUGGGCCUGGGCGUGGGCGCGGUCAAGGCCAACAUCACGCCCUUCGGCGCGGACCAGGUUAAAGAUCGGGGACCAGAAGCCACGAGGAGGUUCUUUAACUGGUUCUACUGGAGCAUUAAUCUGGGGGCGAUUGUCUCGCUGGGAGGCGUUGCCUACGUCCAGCAGAACGUGAGCUUCGUGACUGGCUACGCCAUCCCCACCGUCUGCAUCGGCGUCUCCUUCCUCAUCUUCCUCUGCGGCCAGAGUGUCUUCAUCACCAAGCCCCCCGACGGCAGUGCCUUCACCGAUAUGUUCAAGAUCCUGGCAUAUUCCUGCCGUCCCCAGAAGCGAGCUAGAGAGCACGGUCAGAGUGGGUGAGUGUGACCCGUCAUAGGCUCGCCUGCUGGCCCCUCCGCCACUGUGACUAAAGCACCUGCUUCCGGCGUCUGUCGCGUGCUCACUGUGCAGGGCGCUGGGCGCAGCGGUUUAUGUGUCUCACAUCCUUACUUGUGUCAUCAGCACGAGGCGGCGGGGAGGUGCCUGUCUCCACCUUACAGCGCGCCCAGCUGCCUGGCUCGCUCUGCUUUACGUUGUAACCCGCACGUGAUCUUAUCUCCCCGCUGAUGCAGAGGGAAGCCUGUGACCGUUUAGUUACAUGAGGACGGUGCAGAUAUGCCGGGGUCCUGCCUCGGCGUUCCAGAAGAACAGUUCCUGAAGUGGAGGGCGAGGUUUAAGGAAAAAGAAAGAAAGAG